AUGAAACAAGCUCUGUUGAGUCCAGAAGCGGAAGAAUGGCACGACGCCAUGGUAACCGAAAUCAAGUUUGUCAUACGAAAUGACACAUGGCAACUCGUGGAUCUACCAAAAAAUUCCACUACUAUCGGCAGUCGCAUCGUCUUGCGAAACAUAUUUAAUUCAGACGGCUCCCUUCACAAACGCAAGGCACGUCUGGUCGCUCAAGGUUUCAGCCAGCAGCCAGGACUACACUUUAGCGAAGUCUUCGCACCAGUAGUUCGACAGGGAACGAUACGUCUAAUCGCAGCAUUAUCAGCUCGCCUAGGCAUGAAGAUACAUCAUUUCGACAUAACCAACGUCUAUCUAAACAGCGACCUACAAGAACAGAUCCUUAUGGAACCUUCCAAGUAA